UUUUUUUUUUUUUUUUUUUUUGCUUUGUUGGAGGAACAAAGGCCUCAAUGUGAACGCGUGUGCCGCUGGAAUGUAUGUUGGGCCUAGUCUGGAUUGUCGACAAAUUCCAUCGAGGAAUAACACCAAACAUGGUAUCUUCUUCUUUACGCAUCCAGUCCUAGCUGCGCUGAGCUUCAUGGGAUUGAUAGCUCUCCGCUGAAUUAUGCGAUAUGAACCAAUGGCUAACUCUCGCAUGGCCUCAUAUCAUGUCCCAAAGCAGGAACUGCUGCGGCGUGCUCAUACGGAAAACAUGUCGUUGAGUCUCGCUUUAGCCCUAAAAGACAGCGCUCUAGGAACAACUCCGUUGAGCCACCAGCAAACCUUCUUGUCUUUACUCAAAGCAGACGCUCCUUAUGUUGCUGCUGCCAUCCCGCGUAUUCUCUCCGCCGUUAGCGCGUCAAUAGUAAAUCGCGGACGAGAAGCAAGCUGGGCUGAGUUAAGGGGGGUGGCGUUUUAUUCCCUGCUAUCUCUUCUCGAACUACAAUUAUUACUAUCUAUCUCUCUACUGUGGUUGGUAUUUCCUGGCUUAAUCAUUUUACCUUGGUUGGCCUUGCAAACCGCUUCCAUAUGGAUUCUUAUCCGUUAUAUCAACGGUGGGCCGCGGUCCUCAAAAUUCGUCACGGAGAGGUUUGAAGAUGACAUCUCAAGUAGCGAAGAGCAGCGCUUCGAUUGGUUUGUUGUUGGUGGUUUUAUGCACGAUGAGCACAUGCACCAGGACGCCCCAAAGCUAACGAGAAUCUUUGGUCAUGAUAUGCAUAUCUUUGUAGCUUAUGAGCUAGGCCUCUUAUUCGACAUCAUACUUAUAUUCCUCCAACGAAGCCUCCAUAUCCCUACGACAAGAUCUGUAAACCUCUAUAACUCCGUUCGAGCAAGCCUACUGAAGCCAGAAACGAAAGGUGUUCGCAUCCUUGCGCAUAACACCGGGGCUCUAGAUGUCUCAUGGAUACUCUCCCGCCUUUGCGCCGAUUUCCCUCCUGGAGAUCGACUAGGCAAGCUCCAGGUGUUCACAUUCGGCGCUGCAUCCAUAGAAAUGACCUUGCCUCUUGGACAUGUCUCGUAUCAACAAAUUAAAGAUGAAUCGGUUUCCCUUUUCCCUUUAGUCACCCAUUUUGCGUUCACAGACGACCCAUUUGCGCAAAUCGGUGUGCUCCUUGGGAUCCGCCAGAGACUAGAAGGUCGCUUCGUAGGAAGUCUGUACACGAUUCAUAGCACCACGCCAGUUUCAGCAAAAUAUCGCCUAUUACCUCGUAGUUGUCAUUAUACUUUAGAUGAUUACUUAAACGCUCUUCUACCUGAUGGGAAUCCUCGACAGGGUAUUCUCGGCCAAGUAUGCAAGAUAGAUCGCGAACUGAGUGAAAUGCGAGAGCUGGCUGCCUUGGCACAGAGCGUUACAAACGAGCGACUAAGAACACGAAGGGAGCGUCUAAGCUGGACUGCACUCGGAGCGAUGGCAAAUACCACGUCCAGCGGAUGCGGUGGGCGUGAUGAUAGGUCACAACCUUUCUCUCUGGAAGAAGUCAGGAAGGAAGGCAGAUCUUUGGAAGGGCUCAGGGGGUAUGACAACAACCCACUAGUCAAUGCAAUGAAUGAUGCUAGAUAUCGCAUGCGUUCUAAGAAACACACGACGGGCACAAAAGUCAUGGCAAACACCGAGGCUUUACGCAUAAAUUUUGGUAAGUACAAAUACUAAAGGUGUCAUUGUUGGGGAAUGAGACCUCUGUUAGGAAAUAGUAUUGUAUCAUACCCGGAAGUGUUUUAAAUAGGGGGGGGGGGGUUCGCGGUCUAUAUGUUCUUUAGGUUUACCCGUUAUAUAGUCCUGCUGGUAAAAGUACCUACUUAAUAUUAAAACUAAGUUUAUCACCCAG